AUGACAUCUCCACCAAUUGCUAUCUAUGAUGUCGAUAUGCACAAAUAUGCAUAUUCAUCGACUGGUGAGUUAGGCAGCAAAGGAUUGUCACCAUGCGUAGCAGUCAUCAUCGUGUUUUCAAAUCGUACUGUAAUGAUCGAACAUCGUUCUGAGAGUGAACUAUGUGAUAAAGGAGAUCAAUUCGACGCAACAGAUUUAUUUCUUGAUAUUGUCGAUAAUGUUAAAGCAAUGGAAAAACAAAAUUUGAAUAUCCAUUGGUCAAUAGAAGACAAACAUGAAUAUAACUUGAAUGAACAAUUUAUUGAUGCUCUAAUUGCACAUGAGAAAAGUGGUAGUUUUCAUUUUUUCGUUCGACAAUAUGUUCAUUUAGUUGACAACAUUACAAAGCAGAAAACAGCAAUUUGUUGCGGUUAUCUUCGAUACAAAUUGUUUGAUGAUAAUGAUGCAAAUGUACAACAAGGUAGUUUAUCAUUAGCUGGUGCUGAAUUCUACGUUGACAACGACAUUGCUGAACAACAUAAACAAGGAGCUGUACCGAUCAAAACGGAUGCUAUUGAUUUUAUUAAUUCAAUCAAUAACAUGUUCAAUCGUAUGGUCAAGUCGCCUCAAAAAGAUGUUGUUAUUAAAGAUUUUGAAUAA